AUGCUGCAACCACGGAUAGCAACGCCAUUGGCGCGCACGUUCCUUAAUGCCUCGUCGAUCUGUGUAAGGUGUCAGGGCCGACUUGCAAUACCCUCAAUUGCAAGGCAACCACUCGCUCGACCUUUUACCUACGCACACACUCUCCGCCAGCAAGCAACAGAUCCCAAACCCACCCAGGACUCACACACACCUGAUCCCAAAGAUGAGGAUAUAUUCAUCCCGAAGCCUCUCGGCCGCCCCAUCGGUUUCAGCAGACCUCCACAACCGGGCGAAAAUGCCAGCAUUCCCAAGAUCAAAAAAGACUACUCCGGCAUGAGCAUGUCGGAACGAAACCUCGAGAAGCGCAAAGACCUGGUAGAAAAGUGGAGCACAAACUACUUCCGUGAUUUCAAGAAUAUCCGCAAGUACAGGUCAGGGAAGACGUUCAUGGCAAACCCGAGAAUCUUCAAGAAAGAGGCUGCGCUGUACUUUCCCAACUUUCACGGAGAUACAUUGGAGGGAAAGGACAAGGACACUACGGAUGUGCUCAACGGGAAGAUUAGUGUUGUGAAUGUGUAUAGUUCGGAUUGGGGGUUACGCCAGGUGGACACGUUCACAGGCAAACAAGCGAAUCCUGGCCUGCAUAAUAUUCUCACGCAAAACCCAGGGGUUGCGCAGAUGGUUGAUGUCAACAUCGAAGAGAACAGCGUAAAAGCUUUGAUCAUAUCGUUGUUUCAGUGGCGCUUGAAGGCCUCCAAACCAAAAGAGGAUUGGGGAAGGUACUUCAUCGUAAGGAAAGGCGUUAGUGAGAGGAUAAGGGAAACAAUCGGGCUGUUGAACGGCAGAGUCGGCUAUGUCUACCUGGUAGAUCAAGACUGCAAGAUUCGAUGGGCAGGGAGUGGGGACGCGGAAGGGACAGAGAUGGAGGAUAUGAACCGAGGCUUCGCGAAGAUGGUCUCUGAAGCUCAGUAG